UCCAUUGAACGGGCGAUGAACGGCUUGAGGCGGGCCGCGCUGCUGGCUUUCCCUCAGCUUUGGCGGCGGCCUCCAUGGGGCGGCGGAGGAGCGCUGCGUUGUCGCGCCGCGACCCGCGGCUUCCCCGCCUACCCGAGCUCGGAGGAGCCCCACAGGCGCAGUGGAGCGGUGGUGGCGGCGGCGGCGGCCGCUCAGCAUGAGGAGCAGGAAGAGCAGUUCGUCUUUCUCGAGUACGUCCCUGAGGAAGAGCCGCGGCUGCCGAAGGCGGGAAACUCGCAGCGGGAGCCUGAGGGGAGCCCGGAGCCGGAACAGCCUGAGAGCGGCGACGCAAGCCGGCCGCCUCUGUCGCGCCGUACGAAGCCGUCCCGGGAGGCCCACCGGCCCAGGGGCCAUCCGGACCCUUCCGUGCCGUUGAGCGGAGUGAGCUGCUCGGGCUGCGGUGCGGAGCUGCAUUGCCGGGACCCCGCGGUGCCCGGGUACCUUCCCAGUGAGAAAUACCAGAGCCUGCUGCGAGAAGAGGAAGAGGGCGGGGAAGGGAAGGAUGGGCAAGGGGCGACCCACCGACAGCAGGGGCUGGAGGGAGCUGUGUGCCAGCGCUGCUGGAUGCUGGUGCAUCACCAGCAGGCGCUGCAGGUGCAGAUGCCCCGGGAGGAGUACCGCCGCGUGGUGAGCGCAGCCCUGCGCAGCCCUCCUCGCCACGGCCGCCCACCUCUGGUGCUCUGCAUGGUGGAUGUGCUGGACCUGCCCGACUCCAUCCUGCCUGACUUGCCCGAGCUGGUGGGCAGCCAGGCGCACCUCUUCGUACUAGGGAACAAGGUGGACCUGUUGCCCGGCGACUCGCCCCGGUACCUGAGCCGUCUCCGAGAGCGCCUGCUGGAGAUCUGCGCUGGCGCUGGUCUCGUGGACCUGGGGAAGCCCAGCCCGACGACGACGCAGAAACAGCAGCGUGUGGUUGAUGUGCACCUCAUUAGUGCCAAGACCGGCUAUGGGGUGGAAGAACUGAUCUCCAAGUUGCAGCGCUCCUGGAAGUUCAACGGGGAUGUGUACCUGGUGGGAGGCACGAAUACUGGGAAGUCUACCCUCUUCAAUGCCCUUCUGCACUCGGAUUACUGCAAGUCUAGAGCCUCUGAUGUGAUCAAUAGGGCAACAAUAUCCCCUUGGCCAGGAACAACCUUGAAUCUCCUGAAAUUUCCAAUUAUUAAUCCUACACCUUACAGAAUAUUCAGGAGGGAAGCAAGACUAAAGGCAGAUGCAGAGAAAUUGGAAGAAGACCUCAGUGAAGAUGAGCAAAAGCAGCUUGCGAUCCUCAAAAAGCAAGGCUACUUAAUAGGAAGAAUUGGGAGAACAUUUCAAAUACCAAAAAAGCUGAAAAAAAAUUGUGAAAUUGAGUUUGAUGCUGAAGCAUUGUCUUUUGGUAUGGAGGAAGAACCUUCUGUUCCACCUGUAACUGCUACUGAGAAAGUUGAACUCACAUACAAUGAAGUGAAAGAUGCUCGCUGGUUUUAUGACACUCCAGGGAUUGUUAAAGAUGGUUGUGUUUUAAACUUGCUAAAGGAGAAAGAAGUCAAGCUGGUCUUGCCAACCUAUGCAAUUGUUCCAAGGUCCUUUGUGCUUAAGCCUGGGAUGACGUUGUUUCUAGGUGCUUUGGGACGCAUAGAUUAUUUGCAGGGAGACCAGUCCUGCUGGUUUUCUGUUGUGGCCUCUAAUUUGUUGCCUGUGCACAUCACUACAGUAGAAAAAGCAGAUGCUGUCUAUCAAAAACAUGCAGGUCAAACAUUACUGAAGGUUCCUAUGGGAGGUGAAGAACGAAUGAAAGAAUUCCCGCCACUUGUCCAUCAGGAUGUGAUGUUGGAAGGGCUUGGCAGUACUGAGGCAGUGGCUGAUAUAAAGCUUUCAUCUGCUGGCUGGGUUGCAGUAACAGCUCAUCUGAAUGACAAAGUACAUCUCAAAUGCUAUACUCCUGAAGGGACAGCACUGACAGUACGUAAACCACCUCUGUUGCCAUACAUUGUUCACAUCAAAGGACGUCGUCUGCAACGAAGUGCAGCAUAUGAGACUAAAAGACCACCUCCCCUUGUGGCGAAUUUAAAGAGAGAUGUAAAUAAGAAAACAAGGAUGGGAAAAAUCUAAGAAACUGUAGAUAAUGAAAUCGCCCAACAGGUCAUUUACCCGAGGAUGACACAGUGCUAUUUGCAUUGAACAU